UUUUUAUAAAUAGGACAUCUUUGCUCAGCUUGGGAGCCAGUCCACGAUAGAGUUGCCGCAGGUGGUGGUGGUUGGAAGCUAGAGUAGUGGCAAGUCCAGCGUGAUUGAAUCACCCGUUGGCCGCUACUUCUUGCCUCGAGGUUUCGAUAUCUGCACGCGCCGCCCUCUAGUUCUUUAUCUCCUCCAGACCAAGCGUAAACCUGAUGGCUCUGAGGAGUAUGGCAAGUUUCUUCACUUGCCUGGAAAAGCACUUCUAUGAUUUCUAUGAGAUUCGUAGGGAGAUUCAGGUUGAGAUAGAUAGGGAGGCUGGAGGAAACAAAGGUGUGUCAGAUAAGUAGAUUCGACUUAAGAUUUUCUCACCAAAUGUUCUUGAUAUCACUCUUUUGGAUCUUCCUGGAAUCACAAAGGUUCUUGUCGGUGACCAGCCCUUUGACAUUGAAGCUCGAAUUAGAACAAUGAUCAUGUCUUACAUUAAACAACCAAGUUGUCUGAUUCUAGCUGUAACUCCAGCAAAUUCAGACUUAGCAAAUUCUGAUGCACUGCAAAUUGCAGGAAAUGCUGAUCCUGAUGGUUAUAGAACCAUUGGCAUAAUCACAAAGUUGGAUAUAAUGGAUCGAGGUAUUGAUGCUCGUAACCUGUUGCUUGGAAAAGUGAUUCCCCUUCGACUUGGUUACAUAGGUGUUGUGAAUCGCAGUUAGGAGGUAACCAUGUAACCUUACAGGAAUAGCAAUAUUAAUUCAUCAGUUUGUAUUUUGUUACUCUUUUUAAAUAAAUUAUUUCUGAAUGUGUUGUUGUUGGAUAAGGGCUGAUCAUGCAUCAAAUGCAAA